GUUUUUAUAGAGUUGAAACAAUUAAAUAGAACAGUCUCUCAAAGGGCCACCAACCGAGUUAUACGGAAACACAGAACAGAACCGAUUAGCUUUUUGAUUACUGAGAAGAACAAUUAAAUGGUAGUUAGGCAUAUGUCUGAUAAUCUCUAUUGAGACAAUUUGCAAACGAAGACUGAACAACGCAAAAAAGUUUAUCAUUGAGGAUGCUAUCAUAUUUUGGAAUGGAAAUGGACUAAAAUUAAUCAAAUUUUUGAACUACAAAAAUGAGAACAAGAAAUCACCAAUAAUAAAAUCGAGCAUAUGUUUUAUAAUUUGCAAGCCAUAAUUAUAUCAAAAUAGUUAUAAAUACAAAAUUAGUUUUCCCGAAAAAUAGAACCAAGCAGAAUUUCAGAAAAGGAACUAUUGUAUCAUGUCUGAUUCUAACAUGUCAGAUAUGGAAGAAAUAGAGGUUGGGGACGAGUGCCCCCAGGACGUUGAACACUGCCCAUCCAGGGACUGCAGUCCGGUAUUGGAAGUAUCAAGCACACAACUAACCACAGCACCCACUGCCAAACCUACAAACACUUCAUCAAAGACAGCAACAAAGUUAUCAUUUAGUAUCAAUAGCAUAUUAGGAAGUAAGGACGAUAAAUCAAAAUCAGACUCUGAGUCCCACGGCAUUGAUUCCUCAGACCAAUGUCUUCCGAAUAGACCAAACCUAGUACCAUUAGAUCUUAGUCCAACUAGCAGAAUACAUCAUGGAAUGCACUCAGCGCUACCUAUCGGCUACCCCGGAAUGCUUAUAAACCCACUAUGUGAGACUGUAGUGUUUAUGCCCGGAGCGGGUUUUGCUUCCGGGGGUGUGAUCAGGGUACCUGCGCACAGACCAAAUCCCCUGUCACCAGCAAGUGUAUCGAACAACAGCUUUGCAUGGAUGGAAACUAGAAAAGACAGACUUGCCCUGACCAGGAGAAUUGGCCAUCCCUAUCAAAACAGAACACCACCAAAGCGAAAGAAGCCGAGAACAUCAUUCUCCAGACUACAAGUGAUGGAGCUCGAGAAGCGAUUCCACCGACAGAAAUACCUGGCAUCCGCGGAAAGGUCCGCUCUUGCAAAGGCCCUAAAAAUGACAGAUGCCCAAGUGAAAACCUGGUUCCAAAACAGAAGAACGAAAUGGAGGCGUCAAACAGCGGAGGAACGUGAAGCAGAGAGACAAGCAGCGAAACGCUUUAUGCUAGGACUCGCCUCUGAGAAUAGUAAGAACAUUUAUGACAAUCCAGAUCCUGUCGUUGUAAAUAAUGCAUCGCUUAAUGCACUUCAAAACCUGCAGCCAUGGGCCAAUGAGGAACCAUCAAAAGAUAGACCUGAAUACCUGAAUGCACCGUCUUUAACUUCGCCAAACCUUGUGUGAAGGGCAAACCAUGACCAAUAUACAUUGAAGGCAUGGUAAAGCGAACUAAGGAGAAGCAACUGAUAUUGUUGGGCCUAGUGACACCGCCACCAUGCAAGCUCGCCCAAUGACACAACAAGCAAACACUCAACCAAAUUAUGCACUGUUGUCGUUUACAUAUGCCGUACAGUUGUUGUUGAAGAUGUAAACCUUACAACAUGUACAAUGAGCGUAAGAUAGGCUUGCCUCAAAACUGUUUACUUCACCUUCCCAACAUAACAAGGUGGAGUACAGGGGGUAGUCUUGGAGCAAGACUAAGAAUAUGAGUAAAAUAGCCAUUUUACUUUCUGUAGCGCUUUAGACUCAAUAAUCCAUAUACAUAAAAAAUAUGCUAUCUGUUUCUGACUUUUAGCUUUGAAUAUAAACAUCUUCGUAUGUGAUAUAUUAAAUCAGAUCAAAUGUGAUGCAAAUGUACAAAUAGUCAUUAUGAUGACUUUAAGAAUAUUUAAUAUAAUAUAUUCAUAUUUAUCAAAUAUCAGAAAACUUAUUAAUUUUAGUGGGUUUGAGUACUAAUGAUUAAUCUACAGUGUACAUAGUACAAUGU